GUCCCGCCUGCGCGAGUGCCCGGGCCGCUCCCGCAUCGUGCUGGCGCUCGGGGCCACGCAGAUGGCGCUCGGAUGCCUCAUCGUGGCUGUCAGCUUCGCCGCGUUGGCGCUCACUACCUCCGCCCGCGUCCGUCACUCCUGCCCCUUCUGGGCUGGCUUCUCGGUGCUGCUGUCGGGACUCAUUGGUGUCGUCUCCUGGAAGAGGCCUCUCUCUCUUGUGAUAACCUUUUUCAUGCUGCUUUCUGCAGUGUGUGUAAUGCUGAAUUUGGCUGGUUCAAUCCUUUCCUGUCAGAAUGCUCAGCUAGUCAACUCCCUAGAAGGCUGCCAGUUGAUCAAGUUUGACAGUGUGGAGGUGUGUGUCUGCUGUGAGCUGCAGCACCAGUCAUCUGGCUGCAGCAACCUCGGGGAGACGCUGAAGCUGAACCCACUGCAGGAGAACUGCAACGCUGUGAGGCUGACCUUGAAGGAUCUCCUCUUCAGUGUGUGCGCCCUCAAUGUCGUCUCCACCAUCGUGUGUGCUUUGGCCACGGCUAUGUGCUGCAUGCAGAUGGUCUCCUCUGACGUCCUGCAGAUGUUCUUUCCGCAAAGGUCGCAUUCUGCCAAUCCUGCCUGUGUGACUCCCCAUGGCACGGUUCUCCAUCAGACGCUGGAUUUCGAUGAGUUCAUCCCUCCGCUUCCACCUCCACCUUACUACCCUCCCGAGUACACCUGCACACCCUCAAUCGAGACCCAGAGGGGCCUCCACCUGGACUUUGCUUCCUCUCCAUUCAGCACUUUGUAUGAUGUUGCCAUCAACAGCCCUGGCAUGCUGUACCCUGCUGAGCUCCCGCCGCCGUACGAGGCCGUGGUGGGCCAGACUCCUGCCAGCCAGGUUACAAGCAUUGAUCACCAGGUGGCUGAGUCUAGCUCCGGGGACCCAAACACCACUGCUGGCUUCAGCACACCAGUGCCAGCCAGCAGCGCAAGCCUCCCAACGUCAGAUGGAGCAACCUCACUGGGUCCAAGCCAACCAUCCCCCGACGACACCGCAGGCACCUCACCGCCCCUGCCACCUACCCCAGGCCCCCUGGAGGCUACAGGUGUGAGCAUGCAGGCACAGCCAAGUCCUGGGCGUGUGGCCCGCUCUGCCAGUGACCCUACCUCCUGUGCAUCCAGUGAGGCAGAUGCCUCUUCACACUCUGCCUCGUGCAGCCAGGACCUUGAAACAAGACUGUCUCGGGCUACUCUGGGGACAGUUUCCACAUCUCGCUCAGUCAUGGCUACCUAUCAGCACCAGCUCUCACCCUCCAGGGACCCUGGGACCUGGAAAACUGACCAACAAUCAAAGCCAGAGGCCUUACAGAUGGUCUCGAAAGUGCGGCCACACUCUUUAGUGGACAGCAAGGCCUAUGCAGACACCAGGGUUUUGGUGGCUAAGUUUUUGGAACACUCGAACUGUGCCCUCCCUCCAGAGGUGCGGCAUGUGGUGGGCACCAUCCACUCUGCAGUCACCUUGGAGGAGAACCCGGUAGAGGAGGCCGUCUUUGGUGCUGGAGUCCUGGACCAGCUAUGAAGCCACCAGAAGUCUGGACGGGACACUGACGGAACUGGUGUCAAGCACAGCCUUUUCUUGCCAGAAGAUACCAUGCUUGACUGGGAGGAGCCUUUGGCCCAGCUUGGCAGAGGACAAAUGGAGACCACCCGGAAGUGUUAUUCCUUCUCUUGAGGUGGCCCUGAUCAAUGGUCUUCUUGGGAACUGCAUUUGUUACCCAUUCCAGUACUUCGGAAUGAUGAUUCUCUUGUGUCCUUAGUGAAUUUGUUUUCAUCAGGCAUGUAGCACUUUGAACUGACCAGCGUGACGUGAAUGCCGAUACAUGACAGGUGACAUUCAUGUCACUGAGAGACACUAUAUCUCCUCCAAAUCAGGGCCAUGAAAGCAGGAUUCUCCUCCAUCCCCAAUGUAGUUUAGUAUUAAGUGGAUAGAGGAUGUCAUUCCGUCAUGGGACUAUUUUCCCCUGUGGUUCGUAUCUCUCUUUAAUGAAACCUUUAUCCUAUUACAGCCUAUUGUUUCCUUUAAAAGGAAAUAAGUAACUUCAGCACAGGUGGCACCCUGAGCCCAGCUCUCUGCCCACAGGGCUACAGAGCUAUUGUGCAAACAAAUCCACCGUGGUGGGAUUCACCAUGGCCCUGCCACCCCUGGGAAGCAAGAAGGUAUUGCAAGGGCUUUAAGGCACCUGCCAUCUUCUUGUCUCCUGGACCUCUCAGCUGGGCCUCCGUCUGUGAGCUGCCAUCCCCGCUUUCUCCCUAGGCUCCCCUUUCUCCAUGGUCCCCUGUCCUUAAACCAGAGUCAACAAAUAACAGUAAGCACCUUCCCCUUGUAUCUAAGCUCACCUCACUGACCUGGGUUGGGCACAGGGCCCCUUUCUCCAGGGUGUGUAUACCUCCUGCUAAAGCAUGACCCAGCACUAUCCUUCCCCCAGCCAGGUGGCAGCAGGUAUAUCUGCAUUGCAUAUUUCUAUGAGAGCUCUCUCUGUGUUGGUCAUGCAGAAGCAGCAAGCCCAGCUUGGGUCCAACUCGAUUGCCUUUGGCCAACUUGGGCACCUUUGACUUUCUUGCCCCACCCUUGCCCCUUGUUUUCUGGCAACAUCAGCUGCAGUCACUUCUCAGCAAUGGCCCUAGAGCAGCACUGUCCACAAGAAUUUUCUUUGUGCAGGAAACACCUGUACCUGGACCAUACAAAACAGUAGUCACUAGUACAUAGGGCUGUUGAGUCCCCCAACUGUGGCCAGUGGUUCCUGCUUUGGGCAAAAAGCUUACCUUUGUGCCUGGCACAGCAAGUGCAAAAGAUGGGCCAGAGGGUACCCACCACUGCUCAGUGCCUGGCUAGGGGUUCGUGAUGCUCUUCUCUGUUCUGCAUGGCCUGUGCCUAUUCUUGAGCCCCCCCCCCCACCUCAAUAUCCCGCAUUCCAUCCCUCAGCCUCUAAUUGCAGUUCAUCUAAUGUGCUGGGGGCACUUCUCUGUGUUUGGAUGUGGGGCAGGGGGUAGAAGGAGGGUUCCAAUACAAAUAUGGUAUAGGAACCCCCCCCCAGCCAGGGUCAGCUGCUAAUGGUUUGAUUGCUUUGCCAAUGUCCUUGGUUGCUACCUCCCUGAAGUUACUGAGCUCAAAAUAUAUGAAUCAGGCCUUUUGACAGCAAUCUUCCUUUUCCACAAGAGACAUACUAGAGAUGAGUUUAUGAGCACUUUAUUCAGACUAUGAAAUGGAAAAUCUUCUCUAAUUUUUCUCAAGUGAGGGCUUUUGAAGCAGUCCCUUUGCAGGUAAAGUUAAUUGAUAGUUUUUCAGAAUGGCUUCCCCUGAGCCAUGGGCAAAGCAAAGUAUUUACAUCCUGAUGUCCUAGUCCGGGGAUAGCAGUAUUUUCACGGUCUCUGAGGUGAGCCAGAGCAUAGCCAGCUGUAGGCAGGGUGGGGGGGGGUGCCUGCUGGCAGGGCAGGCAGUGGCAAGUGGGGGGUGUACACAGCAGUGUCCCUGAGCCCUGCCACUGGCUGGGAUAAACCAUGCAGACCUCAGACCUGCUUACAGUCUGACUGAGGCCAAGACUACGUCCCAUGACACUGACUCAAGCUCUGGGGUAUUUUUAUUGUGCAGUAAGGGGACAAGUCAUCCUCGUGUUCUGUGUCCUUCACUUUGCCUCUCUGCAACAGGGCCUUAUCAUCUGUCAUUUGGGUCUCCUGCCUCAGGCUGUACCUUCCUUCAAGCAUAGACUGACGUGCUGUCCUAAAACCUUCAGUCCCAGGCAUUGUUCAGAAAGUGCCAUCCACACACAUACCCACUCACACUCAGUUCUGUAUUUGCUGUCGUAACAACUCUAUUUUGUGGAUAAAGAAACUGUAUCCAACUGGAUGCCACUUGGCUAGAACCUUCUGCCUCAUGGAAACAAGCCUGGCCCCUCCUCUCAAGGCCAGGUUGACCCACACGAACACUGGGAAGGCCAAAGCUCCAGGCUUCCAGGAAAGAUCCCCAGAAGGCACAGCGGCUGGUAAGGCGCACUUGGGAGUGUGCUGGCAACUUCAGCUCUGGUCCCGUUGACCCAGUUCAGCGACAUCCUGGUGGUAGCAGUUCCAGCAGCAGGCCUCCAAGGCUCCAAGCAGCAUGUGGGCUCUCAGCCAAUGGGAGAGCUGGCUUCCUGCCCUUUGCUGUGCAUCCUUUCCAUCUGGAAGCUUAUUCUCCUGUUUCCUGUUUUGGUAUCUGGAACAGGCCUGAAUGGCUGUUUUAAGAAGUUCCUUUCCCCACUUCCGUAUGGCUGGGACCUAGGCAGGAACCCAAAGGAGGCUGGCGGCUACUGGGACACCACCUUUAACCCUGGCCUGGGGGGCGGGGUGUGAGGAUGCUGAGGUGGGCAAACUUUGGUCCCCAACUCUAUGGCUAACAAGGUUCGGGGCAUCUUUCACAAGCACUCAAGGUCUCCUUGAGCUAGAGGUAAACACACAAAUUAAAACUUGUGAUGAACCAUGAUGCAACAGAAAGCUUAUUUCAGAUGGAUGUUCCUUUUCUUUCCCCUCUGCUGUAUCAACUCACAGAAGCUGCUAAGGCAGAAUUUAGAGAAAAUUGUUUUCAAGCCACCAGAGACCUGUUUGUACAACUCAAACGGUUGUAUUUAUUUAAUGUACCUCAAGGUGUUUUAAUAAUGAUCAGUGUUUUAAUAAAAAGUAUUUCUGGCC